UUCAGGAUUACUGAAGGAGAAAUGCCGGAUUUGGUGGAAACUUUUAAAUCUAACAGGUGAACUCUUGGCCCCACCUCCUGCAGCAUACACCUGUGGAAGAGGGGGAGGGUGUCAGUCUGUGUCUGACAGCUCAGGAUCAACAUGGCCACUCAGAGCAGGCGGACCAGACUCUUCUGGACCCUUCUGGUUCGCUACAAAGCACCGGCGCAGACCUGGACCCAGCCACCUCGGUACCUGUCCUCCUUCCCCACGCCUCCUUCUCCAGACUUCUGGACUUCCCAGCUGUCCUUGCUGCCCCACCGGGACCUGUACCAGUUCUCAGUCACAAACCCGGACCAGUUCUGGGGCUCCGCAGCAGCAAGCAGACUACAUUGGAUGAAACCGUUUGAACAGGUUCAGGAUUGUGAUCUGAGCAGCGCGAGGAUUAGCUGGUUCCUGGGAGGAAGGUUAAACGUUUCUGAGAACUGCCUGGAUGUCCACGUGCGCACCCAUCCAGAGCGGGUGGCCCUGAUCUGGGAGAGGGAUGAACCUGGCUCUGAGGUGAAGGUCUCCUACAGAGAGCUGCUGGAGACCACCUGCCGACUGGCCAACACCCUGAAGAGCCAUGGGAUUCACAAAGGAGACAGAGUGGCCAUCUACAUGCCUGUGUCACCACUGGCUGUGGCUGCCAUGUUGGCAUGUGCUCGAAUUGGUGCUGUGCACACUGUGGUGUUUGCUGGAUUCAGCUCUGAGGCACUGGCAGGACGCAUCCAGGAUUCUCAGUGCAAAGCUGUUAUUACCUGUAAUCAAGGUGUGAGAGGAGGCCGACUCAUCGAGCUCAAAGCUACAGUGGAUGCUGCAGUGAAAACCUGUUCAUCUGUCCAACAUGUCUUUGUCUCCCAGCGGACUGAAAAUCCUGUAGUGAUGAGGGAGCUGGACGUUCCUCUGGAGGAGGUGAUGUCCUCUGAGCCUGCUGUUUGUCCCCCAGAGCCUCUGAACAGUGAAGAUCUUCUUUUCCUGCUCUACACAUCUGGCAGCACAGGAAAACCUAAAGGACUUGUCCACACCCAGGCUGGUUAUCUGCUCUACUCCUCCAUGACUCAUCAGUAUGUGUUUGAUUAUCGGGAAGGCGACGUGUUCGGCUGUGUCGCUGACAUUGGUUGGAUAACUGGACACAGCUAUGUGGUGUAUGGCCCAUUGUGUAAUGGUGCCACAACUGUUCUGUUUGAGAGCACACCUGUGUAUCCAAACCCAGGCAGGUACUGGGAGAUGGUUGAACGCCUAAGGAUAAACCAGUUCUAUGGUGCUCCCACGGCUCUGCGUUUGCUGCUGAAGUACGAUGAGAGUUGGGUGAAGAAGUACGACCGGUCAUCUCUUAGGAUGCUCGGAUCAGUGGGGGAGCCAAUAAACCAUGAGGCAUGGCACUGGUUCCACAGUGUGGUGGGGGAGGGACGCUGCCCACUGGUGGACACCUGGUGGCAGACAGAGACAGGAGGAAUCUGCAUCGCCCCCAAACCUGCUGAGGACGGGGCCCCCAUUGUCCCCUCCAUGGCCAUGAGACCGUUUUAUGGAAUCCAGCCCGUCAUCAUUGGAGAGCAGGGGGAGGUUCUGGCUGGUACCUCCUGCAGUGGAGCUCUGUGCAUCCGUCAGCCAUGGCCUGGGAUGGCUCGCAGCAUCUACGGGGACCACCAGAGGUUCAAGGCCUCGUACUUCACACUGUAUCCUGGGUUUUAUUUCACUGGAGACGGUGCGUUCCGCUCAGAGGACGGCUUCUACCAGAUCACAGGAAGGAUGGACGAUGUCAUCAAUGUCAGCGGUCACCGGCUGGGGACAGCAGAGAUAGAGGAUGCCCUG